CAAAAUCCAAUUCUAAUCUAUUCUAUAUUUGCGGAAGGAAAAUCAAUGGUUUCCAAAGAAAUUCGAAACGAAAAUCCCCUUGUACUGUUAUAUUUGUUCAUUCAUCCAUAAAUUUCCAUUAAUCAGUUCUGCUCGUGCCUAGGUUUUAUAAUUUUUCUCUUUUCAAUUUCCGCUUUCGAUUGUCAAUAGGGUUUGUUUUCCGAUUUCUAGGGUUUCCUAUCUCAUGCCUUAAUUCUUUCUUUGUCCCAAUUAACUUCUUCAGUUUUACAAUUUUUUUUUUCGGGGUUGAAGAAUUAAAUGAGAUGGGUAGGGUAAUUGAAGGAAAAGAAAAUUCAAAUUCGAAUUCGAAUCCUUCCUUGUAUUCACUGCAACUGAAUUUAUUUGGAUGUCCAUUUCAAUUUGGGUCGGGCAUCGACACAUUUUCCAUUGCAUGUGAAGCCUUCUCUGAACAUUUCUUUCUUUAACUAGAAUUAUAACUGUACAGUUCAAUUAGUUUUUCAAAAUUUUUUUUUCUUUUUCUGGAUUAUAUUUUUUAAUUUUUUGGGUAUGAAUUGUGGGGAUAUUGUGUGGAGGAGUGAGAAACCAAAGAUGGAACAUACUGAGUCUGAUGUCGUAGAAAUUUCCCCCGACAAGCGUUACAUUCGGUAUAAUGAAAUCCUUGGGAGAGGAGCAUUCAAGAAUGUCUACAAGGGUUUUGAUGAAAUAGAUGGAAUAGAAGUUGCUUGGAACCAAGUGAGCGUUGAUGAUGUACUGCAAUCACCUGAACAUUUAGAGAGGUUAUACUCUGAGGUUCACCUGUUAAGGACCCUGAAACACGAAAACAUCAUAAGGUCAUAUGCUUCUUGGGUGGAUGACGAGAAAAAAACUAUUAACAUGAUAACUGAGUUGUUCACCUCAGGAAGUUUGAGGCAGUACCGUAAGAGGCAUAAGAACAUUGAUUUAAAGGCCAUCAAGAACUGGGCUAGGCAGAUCCUGCGAGGUUUACAUUAUCUGCACACUCACAGUCCACCUAUUAUUCAUAGAGAUUUAAAAUGUGACAACAUCUUUGUCAAUGGGAAUCACGGAGAAGUUAAAAUUGGAGAUCUUGGAUUGGCCACAAUUAUGCACAAACCCAUUGCUCGAAGUGUUAUUGGUACUCCCGAGUUCAUGGCCCCAGAGCUUUAUGAAGAGGAAUAUAAUGAGCUGGUUGACAUUUAUUCUUUCGGAAUGUGUAUGUUAGAGUUGAUUACCUGUGAAUACCCAUACAGUGAAUGUAAAAAUCAAGCACAAAUAUACAAGAAGGUCACUUCAGGCAUAAAACCAGCUGCUCUGAAUAAAGUGAAGUACCCCGUAGUGAAACAGUUCAUAGAAAAUUGUUUGGCUCCAGCAUCUCAGAGGUUAACUGCUAUGGAGCUCUUGAAAGAAGCAUUCCUUUUGGCCGAGAAUCCUAAGGAUUUAAUGUGUGGUCCUCUGCAGCUAACUGAUUUUACACCUAAGUCAACGAUCUCGCUAAAAUCUGAUUUGCCUUUCAUGGACGUGGACCCUAAUUACAAUAUGAUAUCAGCUGGCACUUGUGCGCGUAGCAUGAUUGGAACUUCUUCUACUGUAAAACUUCAGAGAUACAGUGAGAGAAAUGAAUUUACCAUAGAAGGGGAAAAGUUUGACGACGAUACAAUAUCUUUAAAUUUGCGGAUUGCUGACUUGUCUGCAGGUCGGACGAGAAAUAUUCACUUCAUAUUUUACCUUAAUGCUGAUACGGCACUUUCAAUUGCUUCGGAGAUGGUAGAACAGCUUGAUUUGUGGAGUGAAGAUAUUGCUUUUAUAGCCGAGUUAAUUGACAGCUUAAUUUUAAGACUUGUGCCCACCUGGAAAACUUCUUCUGGAAGUUUGGGUGGAGCUCAGAGUUCUUACGGUGUUUCUGCUGUGCUUCAGAGUAAUCAGGUAUUAGCACCCCAUACCGAAGACUAUGGCUCAAAUAUCAUUCCUGGCAGAGAAGGUAGUUUGCAAGGCUUUUCUUCACAGUUCUCUGGAUCAAAAUGCAAUGAUGCUGGAGAAUCAGUCGUGCCAUCUUCCAAACACAAUGUGGUAUCAACCUCAGAUGCCAGACAUAAGAAUGAUUGGAUAUCCGCUUGUGACCUUGAGAAGCACAAGGCGAGCAUUGGUGAAUCGCUAAUGAGUGAAUGUACAAAGAAUUCAUGGACCUCCUUCGUGGGUUCAUGGAAUGGUGUGUCUAAUGAUAUGUGUGUAAGCAUUACUUCCUUGCCGCUGAGUGAAAAAGACCACGACAAAGAACACUGCCAUGACCUGAAGCUAGAGCUUGAUGCAAUUGAUUUGCAGUAUCAGCUACGUUGCCGGGAGCUUCUGAGGAUGAGGGAGGAGGCAAUUGAAAACGUCAAAAAGAGGUGGAGCUCAAAGAAAUUGUUUGUUGUCUAAACAUAAUAGUUUCUUUUCCUUAUUUUCCCAACCAAUUUCUUUACUCCAUUGUGUAAACCUUACUUUUGUUUUCACUUCCAGUACUUCAGGGUGUUAAAUAAGCUUUUUUAAUGUUUGCAAGUUUAUUAUCAAGUGCUGGUGACCAGUUUACCUCUAGCAAUGUUAACAGUUUUUUAAUUUUUUGAGGAUUUUUGCCCUUGUUAUUUAUA